CUCCCCUCAGUUAAGAUGGCGGCAUUGAGGGCGGCGGGGGCGGUGCUGCUGCGGCCCCGGCCCGGGCCGGCCCCGGCCGCUAUGGGCUACCACAAGAAGGUGGUGGAUCACUACGAGAACCCGCGCAACGUCGGCUCCCUCGACCGCAAUGCCAAGAAUGUGGGCACCGGCCUGGUGGGCGCCCCGGCCUGCGGCGACGUCAUGAAGCUUCAGGUGGAAGUGGACGAGAACGGCAGGAUCGUGGACGCCCGCUUCAAAACUUUCGGCUGCGGCUCGGCCAUCGCCUCCAGCUCGCUGGCCACCGAGUGGGUCAAAGGGAAAACGGUUGACGAAGCGCUGAAAAUCAAGAACACAGAUAUUGCCAAGGAACUCUGCCUUCCCCCUGUCAAACUGCACUGCUCCAUGCUGGCUGAAGACGCCAUCAAGGCUGCCUUGGCCGAUUACAAACUGAAGCAGGAUCCAAACAGAGAACCCGACAAAAAAGCCGACAAUGCCUGAACUGCCUGCGCAGCUUCCCCUCCUCCCUCCUCACUCUGCAGUGCAAUUCCCGAGCUGUAGUAGGACCCUGUGCACUACUCAAGCUGUAAGAUACGCACAAGUUACGCACAACGUGUCCCUGUGGUGUCCAGCCACUCCGUAGUGCUCACAUGGAUGGGGGCUCCUGUCCCCUCGGGAAGACUCCGCUCUGGAGACAAAACCCCGCUACUGUCCGGUACUGGAAGGGCUGCACUUUGAUUUUUAUUUUGGGAAGAUGUCUAGUUUUGCCUAAUAUUUCAUGGAAUUUGGUGGGAAUUGUUGACCCUGGUUUGGAUGUGUGUGUGAGAGCUGCAGCGUCACCCUUGGCUCCGGCUGUGUCAGGGUUGGUUUCACAAUCCAGGGGCAAAUUCCUGCUCUUGGAAUUCUGGGACCCUUUGCAGGUGCCAAAGGGAAAAGUUGCCAGGAAACACUGGUGGUUUCUGCUCC